UUGUUGCUUCUUACUCGGGUGUGUUUUGGUACCCCGGUACCAAUGAACGUCUUGUUUCACACGGACUCUUUUGUAUGGGACCAAAACGGCAACAUGGAAGUGAAAAAUGCUCAUGCUGCCAUGCUCAGUAACUAUGAGGUGUUCCAGCUGCUGACCGACCUGAAGGAGCAGAAGAAGGACAGCGGCAAGAGCAAACACAGCGCCGGCCAGCAGAAUCUCAAUACCAUCAUGUAUGAAACGCUGAAGUACUUGUCCAAGACGCCGUGCAGCCGCCAGCGUCCCGAGAUGGUCAAAGCGUUUCUGUCCACCAUGAUGCGUCACAAACUCACAAAGGCCGAGAAGCUGCAGCUCCUCAACCACCGACCGCGGACCGCAGUGGAGAUGCAGCUAAUGGUGGAGGAGAGCGAGGAGCGUCUGUCAGAGGAGCAGAUCGAGGAGCUGAUCCAGACCAUCGCAGAACUUCUACCCGGCGAAGACGCGGCAACGGCCGAGGCGGAGACGGCUUGAGCGGCGUCGCGCUCGCCGUCUCGAAACGGGCCUCCUUCGUGUCGUCUUCGACGAGCUCCCGAGCCCGGUUAGAGAAGUCGCUACAUCAGAUCGUAUUGAAGUCAUCUGUCAAAUGUCGUUUAGUUUUGAAUGCAGCACAAAAAAGCAGUUCAUCGAAUGUCACGUAAUGAAGCGCUGUGCGAUAUAUGGACGAUGACAACCAGGGGAAGGACGUUAAGCUUCAAAAGGUUUUGCGCUUCCUGUUGGUUUGUGGCAUCACUUUUCCUGUUUUCACACGGCAACACUGUGAGGCAUCGUAAAGGUUGUCGAUUUCAUUCCCGGCACUUCAGCUGUCGGGCAGCUCGUUCCGCCUCUUCGGGUGGAGAUACUUUAUUUGUCGCUGUCUCCAUUUUCUGCAGCGCUCGCCCUCGUUAUAGUCACUUGGGAGCCGGAGCCGGAGCCGGAGCCGAUCGCUUUCGGAAGAGACGCCUAUGGACAAUUUAGAGCAGGGGCGUUCCUCCGUCUUCCUCCGAGGGCCGCAUACAGAAACAUUGAAAGAUGUGCGGGCUACUUUGACAUUCUUUGACUCUAAUAAAACCAAUCCCUCAAGCAA